GAUGGAGGAGAAGAAGAAGAAGAAGAAGCUGAAGACGCUCAUGCUCAUGCUGAGGAGUCGAAACACGAGUCAGCCGCUGGACGUGAAGCAGACGUUCUGAACGGGAAAGAUGAGAGGCAGUUCAAAGUAUGCUGUGAAAAAUGCAGAGCCAUCCAUCAGAGCCAUGGCAAUGACAUCGUUACUCCAAGGAGGAUCUCCAAGGGACGAUUACAGGUGCAGCUGGAAGGAGAGGGAGCGUACGAGUGUUCGGUCACCGGUCUGGUGUUUGAAGCAUCAGAGCGAGUUCUCAUAAGGUACUCGGUCUUGUCCUGGUCCAAGUUUGGCGCAUUCCUCCGAGACUCCUGGAAGUUUGCGGGACCCAUCUUCAAUGUGGACACAGUCGGCAAGGACGCAUCUGUUCUCAAGUCCAUUCAGUUCCCUCACUCCAUCUGCCUCGCUGACCCAGAAAAGGACAUGACCUUCAGCGUCCUACACAUCAAGGGCAACCGUCCUCUCAUUGAGCCGACAGUGGACCACACAGGUAGCCACGUGAAAUGGAACGUGACGUCGCUCUCACCUGUGGGUCCCAUCAUCCAGACCAGCCAGUCUGUGGAGCACCACGGCGUGGUCCUGGUCUAUAAACAGCUGGGAGGCGACAACAACAGCUACAGUUUCCAUGUGUACCUGGCCACUAACAGUUCAUCUGACAUCAAAGAUAUAUGCAAACAAGUGCGGGGCUACAAGAAUCGCUACAUCCGGAUCGAAAAGCCUCCCACGUGUAAACUGGACGAGGGGACGUAUCGUCUCCUGAGCGAGCCGGAGGGAGACAUCAAACCCCAGGAUUUGAAAUUCACUCUCGCGGUGACAAAGAUGAAAGGCUACUUUGAAGCUUACUUUGAGCAGCCUCCGCCCUUUAAGUUGUCUCUUAUAGAGACUGAGUCUGAUCAGACUGUAUGGUCCUCCACCAUCAGAGAAGGUGACUGUGUGGAUACGACAGAAAAGAAGCCCAGGAAAAGGACUAACAGCAGGAAGAGGAGCAGCAGUCCAUCAGAAGACGAAGCCUUCUGUAAAAAGCCUCGCUGGCAGGACGAGUCAGACGGAGUGAAGACAGGAAUGCCUCAGGUUCAGGACUUGUCCGAGAAGCAGCUAUUACAGGUGGCCAAGCAACUGGGCAGGGAGUGGAAACAGGUGGCCAUCUAUCUCGACCUGAACUCCAGGCACCUGGAUGACAUUCAGGCGGCAGAGAAAGAUGUGACCAUGCAGAAGCUGAAGAUGCUGGUGGAGUGGAAGGGCAGACAGCUGCCGGGAGAAGCCACGGCGAGCCGUCUGUGGAAAAGUGUGGAGGAGCUGGAUGACUUGCCAAACGAGGUCCGACAGACACUGCAAGAUAUGAUAAACAACCCAGCAGCUAAGUGAAAACAUCUUUGCUCAGACGAAUUGUCGGCAUCACAGAGAAAACCCUCUCAGGAAAACAGCGAGGCAGAGUCGACCUCUGGACCAAACAUCAGCUCUUCCCCCUGUUUGCUGAUUUCUGGACAUGAAACUUAAUCAUAAGUUGUUUUUUUAUUUCUGCAUUUCAUGAAGACGUCAUAAACUUGGCCAGUGACAGGCAUUUGUCCUCAUUUUCAAACGUUUUGAAUAUCUAGUGAGUGCAGAGAAGCUGUACUUCAAGGCAUUUUCAUCAUGUUCUGUAAAGACCAGUAGAGGUAGGUGGAUGUGUGGAGGGCAAUAAGAUAUUCAGCAGCUAAUUGUGUAGCCAGUGACGGAGCUAAAUGUAGGUGCUGCAGUGUUGACGCUGCAAACAUCAGGACAAAUCUUUGGAAUCUUUGUGUUUGCUUUCACUUUUAAACACAAUAUUUCUGGGAGUUUUUAGAAAAAUCAGGCAUUCCAACACAUACGAGACAUUCCAAAGCGUUAAAGACUGAAGUACGAUUUUGUGUCUCGUACGUUUUUUUUAUGUUUUUGUAUAUUAUGUCCUGUACAUAUCUUUUUAUAACCAACAUUUUCAAAUCUAUUUUUUACGUCUGUUUCAAAUGUUUUUUUUAAAAACUGUCUGUGUCAUUAUUAUGUUUUUUUAUUUUUUUGUCUUUGGUCGUUACUUGAAUUAUGAACCAUUUCCUGCUGUUUCGGGGACUGGAACACACAUCCUGUGUUUAAGUAUACACUUUUUUUGUGUGUAGUACAAACGUGUAGAACUCAUAGAAAGCACAAACGACAACUUUGAAGUUUUCUUCUUGUGUGAGUCGAAACCAGGCGUCAUGCCUAUGUUUUCAAAGCUUAUUUCAUAGAUGUAGAAAUUAGAGAUAAACUUUGAGGAAAGCAUGUCGCAAUUAUGCAUUUUCUCAUCAUUAGUUGAGAAUCAUUUGUUGGAACCACUUUUCAGAUAACAUGCUGUGGGUGUCGUAACACUAUUUCUGGAAUAACUGCAGAAACUGCAUGAAGAAUGGUGAAUGUUGUCAAGGUCUUCCAUGCUGAUGUGAUGCGGUAAUGUUUACGUUCAAUAUCAGUGACCAAGUCAGGCCUUUGUGUAUCACUGUAGGUCUGUGUCCCUUCAAAAGACAUUUGGAAUAAAGGCAACGGUGCAAAUAUUGACUGAA